AUGAUUAUCCCCGUUCGCUGCUUCUCGUGUGGAAAGGUUGUUGGAGAUCUCUGGGAACGAUACCUAAAGCUUCUUGAUGAGGGCGUGCCUGAUGGGGAUGCAAUGGAUCAGCUUGGCUGUAAACGAUACUGCUGUCGACGAAUGCUCAUGACACAUGUUGACUUGAUUGAAAAGCUUCUUCGAUAUAAUCCUGCGGAGAGAGAUCGAGCGAAAACCCAACUGUAG